AUGUCGCCUGAUGAUGAAAGGAUUUUAACGUCGCCGGCAAAGCCGUCGGAGAAGACGUACAAGGAACUGUGUGAUUUGCUUAGCACUCACCUUAGUCCAAAACCACUGAUCAUGGCCGAACGUUUUCGAUUUCAUAAACGAAAUCAGGCGACAGGUAAAUGUAUCAAGGACUAUGUGGCAACAUUAGGGAAGAUCAAGGACAUCUUCGCGAAUCUGUCACACGGACAGAAAUACUCGAAACUGGAUCUUCGCCAGGCGUAUCUCCAACUUGAGGUCGACGACGACAGCAAGGAAUUGUUGACCAUUAACGCUCAUCAAGGGCUGUAUUGGUACAACAGAUGUGUGUACGGAAUAUCGUCACUUCCCGCAAUCUGGCAACGCACAAUUGACCAGAUACUUCAAGGAAUACCUGGAGUGCAAUGCAUUCUUGAUGACAUGAUCGUGACAGAGGACAGUGAUCAGUCUCAUUUGGAUAACCUCGAGAAAAAUCUUUGUCGUUUGAACGAGUUUGGUUUAAAACUAAACAAAGACAAAUGUGUGUUCUUUGAGGAUAGAGUUACGUAUUGUGGACACGAGAUCGACAAAUAUGGAUUAUGGAAGUGUAAUGACAAGGUGCAGGCUGUGAUUGACACACCCACACCUAAAGAUGGUCGGGGUGGUAAAGGAGCGAUAUUCACGUGGGCAGGCGGAAACGGCGGCAUAUACGACGACUGCGGUUGCGACGGGCACGCCGGAAGAAGGUACACGAUCAGCGUGACGGCGGUGGGGCGUGACCAAGGGCCAUCAUGGUAUUCCGAGGUGUGCUCCAGCGUCUUCGUAGGAGCCUACAGCGGGAACAGCCCCGACCUGAGAAUCGGCUAA